AGUGCUCAGCGCGUCUUCCUGUCUGAAAGAUACUUCCCAGCUGUCCAAAACUCCUAAAAAUCCUAUCUUUUUUCAAUUUUUUCAUUUUAUAAUUAUAGUAUUCGAGUCAAUUUUUCACGUAAUUCGACUCUUUUUUUUUUUUCAGCUUUGCUUUUUAUAAUUACAUCGUGAUAUUUGAAUCAGCUUUUAAGUAGCUCGAUUGUCUUUUUUCAGUUUAUAUAAUUGUAGUGUCUUGAACAAACUUUCACAUUCCCUUUUUUAUCAUAAGUGUGGUAAUCGGAUCAACUUUUCCUUUAACUCCAAUUUUUUAUUUUUUAUAAUUAUAAUGUUCGAGCCAGUUUUGAUGCAACUUUACUCCUUUUUUUCAGUUUUUAUUCUUCCCCAAUUCUUGAAAAUUCAGUUCUUAAGCCUUCUUCAUCUCUACUUCCAAGCUACUUCUCUCCUCCCCCCAACCCCCUCCCACCCACCCCUCACCCACAAAUAUAAAUACACUUCCAAGAUUCAAUUUUUUAUUUUUAGAAGAAAUCAAGAACCCCCAUUCACACACACACACACACACCCACAGAGAGAGAGAGAGAGAGAAUUGUAAUUACAGUUCCAAGAUUCAAUUUCCUUUUUUUGUUGUAGGAGAAAUCAAGAAUGAUGAAUAACAGAGAUCUAGAGAGGGGAAAUGGAACAAAAUCAAGAAAUGGGACUUACCCACCAGCACCACCACCUACAUCAGCUUACUAUAUGGAGAAGUCUGAAACUCAGUGGACUUCUUGGCUUGUUCCUAUGAUUGUUGUAGCUAAUGUAGCUGUGUUCAUUGUUAUCAUGUUUGUUAACAAUUGUCCAAGUCAUAUCAAUGAGUUUGGUAGAGGUAGACGCCAGUGUGUUGCUAGGUUUCUUGGAAGGCUUUCUUUUGAACCCCUUCAAGAUAAUCCACUUUUUGGACCCUCUUCUUCCACUCUGCAAAAAUUGGGAGCUCUGCAAUGGGAGAAAGUAGUGCACGGGCAUCAGGGCUGGAGGCUUUUCACGUGUAUCUGGUUACAUGCUGGUGUUGUUCAUCUGCUUGCCAACAUGUUGAGUUUGGUUUUCAUUGGGAUUCGCCUUGAGCAGCAGUUCGGAUUUGUUCGUGUAGGGAUUAUCUACCUUUUGUCAGGAAUUGGUGGGAGUGUUCUUUCUUGCCUUUUCAUUCAGGGAAGCAUCUCCGUUGGAGCUUCUGGUGCUCUAUUUGGACUUCUUGGAGCAAUGUUAUCGGAGCUGCUUACUAACUGGAGUAUAUAUACCAAUAAGGCUGCAGCUCUUUUCACUCUUAUUAUCAUCAUCGCGAUUAACUUAGCUGUUGGUCUUCUUCCUCGCGUUGAUAACUACGCCCACAUUGGAGGUUUCAUGAGCGGUUUUCUUCUUGGCUUUGUCCUGCUACUACGUCCUCAAUUUGGUUGGCUCGAAAGGCGACAUCUUCCGGCUGAAGGCCGCCUCAAGUCCAAGUACAAAGCUUACCAAUACGUUCUCCUGCUGAUUGCAGCAAUUUUGUUGAUUGUUGGAUUCACAGUGGGAUUGGUGAUGCUAUUCAGAGGAGUGAAGGCAAAUGAGCAUUGCCAUUGGUGUCGUUAUUUAAGCUGUUUGCGUACAUCAAGAUGGAGCUGUGAUAAUUAACUGUGGAGAUUUCUGAUUUUAUUAACUCUUGUCUUUGAUAUUUACAUAGACGAAAACUCCUACAUAUUGUUCAUAUGUUGUUAUUACUUUGACGUUUAUACUUUUACGUGUAUAGUGUAGUGUGUGACUCUUGUUUUUUGAUGUAUGGUGGAUAUAUGUUUGUAUUGUAAAUCGCUAUACUAUAUUUGCAGUGGAUCUUAUAUUCUUUAUGUAAGAAAGAUAGCAAAGAGUAUAUAUAUAUAUAUCUGACCUUACUAAUCUUUGUGCAAA